AUGUCCUUCACCACCACCACCUCCACGCGCACCUCGGCCCGCUCGUCGACCGACUCGUUCACUGACUCGCUGGCGUCGUACAACACCUCGCGCACGACCGUCACCCGCGUCGCCCCGCACCCCGACUGCGCCUCGUGCUGCCCUCCUUCGCGCCUCGCCAAGCUGCUCAAGCGCAACAACAAGGCCGUCGAGUGCCCCGUCUGCAUCGGCUUCGAGGCCUCGCUCCCCUCGCCCAUCCGCCCCUCGGGCGCCGCUGGCCUCUCGGCCCGCGAACUCUGCUUCCUCCUCGACCAGAGCGACCGCAAGUCCGACUGCGACGUCCCCACCCCGCUUGCUGUGCCCUUCGUCCCCACCCCUCACGCGCUGCCUUACCCCUCGCUGCCCGAGCCCAAGGUCGACGGCGAGCCCACCCGCAUGGCCCGCAUCGCUCUCACCGUCCGCGACCCCGCCGUCAAGCCCACCGACAGCGGCUACAUCACGUCGUUCAUCGCGACCCGCAACUCGCUCGACCUUGACGAGGAGCUCGCCACCGAGGUCCGCCGGGUCGCUGGCUCCCGAGCUUAG